GCGACCCAUAAUUAAUUUAUAUUUUAAAUUUUUUUUUAGAAAAAAAAAGAAAAAUUCUUAAGGACCCCUUACCGAUAAUCAUGGUCUCAGUAACAUUUUCUAUUAGUUUUAUAUCCUCAAUGAACAUGCAUCUUUACCGUUUGUAAACUACAAAGAGGUACGAGUUUUAAUACACAAGUUACAGCUAUCUUGUCGUAUAAUUUUGCCUAUAUUAGAAAUGUAAAUCAAUGUUUCUUCAUUCUCACGACCAAAUAAUAAACCAAUAUUGAAAUAACCUGAUUAAAAGAAUGCACGCCUUUGCUUUUCCGUUCAACUCGCUUGACUUGCAUUAGGUCAGCCUAUGGGGGGAAUGAAUUCGUGAACUAUGUAAUUUAUUCGUAUUCUUUAGACUUUAAUUCAGAUUUCAGAAGCUGAUUCUGUGGCAAAUUCAGCUCUCGCUCAGUUUGUAAGAAACCCUCUUCAUGGUGGGUAGAACCCUUCUAGUUAAUGCAAUGCUUGUUCGACCAAAAAAAAAAAUCAUCUCUUGCGGUAAAAAUCCAUUUUGGUUAUGGUCUAAAUGCGUAUAACUGUUUUUCUUUAAUGGCUAUAUAAUCAUAAAAUAUUUAUAAAUUAUAACCCCAAAAGCAAAAUACAUAUCUAAUCAAUUGUUUCUCACCGCAUUUCCAGCGUCAACUCUACUCGACAACUAUAAAACCCUAAGCCCACCUAAUACUUUCCUUACCAAUCCCGACGAUCACUCUCCCUCUAUCUCUCUUUCCCUCACACAAACCAAAAAAGAUCAAAAGAAAAUGGCCCUCGUGAAGCUACUUGUAACCAUCGCAAUAACAACCGCAAUCACAAUCGCCUUAUCAAAAAAAACAAUCGCAGUCAUCACCACCAGAACCACCACCACAGUGGAACGCACGAACUUUGAUGCACCGGGUACGCAAACUAUAAGGCCGAGCAGGUUCCUGGCUCAGAAUGAAGUAGGCGAGCGAAGCCCUAGCGCGGCGGACCAUUGCAACAAGGAUCCUGAGAUGUGUAGCCUCUACGGAGGCGGAGGAAGCAACUCGACGGUGACGUGCUGCAACAACAAGUGCAUAGACGUGGCCAGUGACGACAAGAACUGUGGCGCGUGUCAGAACAAAUGCAAGUUCUCACAGACGUGUUGUCGAGGCCAAUGCGUUUACUUGUCUUACGACAAACGCCAUUGUGGACAAUGUAACCAUCCGUGUGAGCAGGACGAGUUAUGCGUCUACGGUCUCUGUAACUACGCGUGAUCGAUCCACCGGGUGGUGGCGUAUUCUACUAACAAAGAAACUAAAGCUAAUUAAAAGUCUAUCUAUACGUGAGCAUGUAUUUACAAUAUUGGAUGGUGCGUCCAAUUAAUUAAAUAAGUGGUGUGUACCACACUGAAUCCCAUUAUGUUUUUGGGUAUAAAAGGAAACGAUUUUGAGGAACAUAUAAUUCAAGGCCAGCUCUGACUAGUAGUCCGCUUAAAUUCUAUAUACACACACAUAUUAGAAAAAGUGUGGCUAAGUGUAAAAACUUCACAUAUUAUAUGGUUUGAC